UUGAAGGCACUUCCGACAAUGAUAUCUAUGCCUGUCUCGUCGUAUUGUCACUUAUAGCAGUUAAUAAGCCGAACGUUGUCUGGACCAAUUUGUCUGUGGUUACGUCUACGCUCCUGGACGAUUUCAGCAAAACCGAUAUACAGUAUGCGAUACACACUCUUCAGAUGCUAAGAAAUAUGUGGACCAGCACAGCUUCUCUAUCGAGAUCGGCUGAUAAAUCUGUAACGAGAAAAUACAACUCUGAGGAAAUCUUUGUCAAGAUUCAUGAUUUAGUGAUUCAUCAUUUCAAUGAUUCGACUACUGGCUCGUUUAGACAACUUGCCAAUGGGGCCGUGGCUGUCGUAUAUGCGGGUGCCGAUCAGCCCCAUUUGCUAAUGGAGAAAUUAGUUUCCGCGAUGCUGCAUGCCGAAAAUAAAGGAACUUUGACUCUGGACGAUAAAAUGAAAUCCUGGAGAGUCAGCAGAAUUUUGCACACAGUCGGACAAGUUGCAAAUAAUCACAUUGCAUUCCUCGAUCUCAACGUCUACAGUGAGUUGGGUAGAAGGAAAGAAAUACAGCAGAACACCAGGCAAAGUACUUCCUCGGAGACACCGAGCGUCAAUUCGAAUCCUAGGGCAUCGAAGUUGCAAUCCGCUUCUAGGAGCAUUAGAAAUAAUCAGAGUUAUAAAUCGCACAUGGACGACGACAACGAAGACAACGAAUACCAAGAGUGCAUCAAUUCCGACGAUUUGGAAGCAAACUUCGUCAACGACAUCAUGGAAAAGGAACUCCUGCAAGAGCCUGCAGCGUUCAGUUACGUUUUACCUUUCGUCAAAGAUAUUCUGGAGCAUAGGAACAAGUUCGAUGAUGACGAUUUGGAAGUCGAUGCCUCUGGCGCUUUGAUGAGUUUUAUGUGCAUCUCUUCAGAGGCAUGUCGGCAGAACAUCCAGUUGCUGAUGACUGUUUUGAGACAUUCCAAAUUUCCUGUUGUCAAGACGAAUAUCAUUGUUGGAUUCGCUGAUUUGCUGUUCAGGUUUCCGACCGUCGUUGAGCCGUGGGAGCUUUAUGUUUUUGAAAGAUUGAAGGAUGAUAAUUCCGAGGUGAAGAAGAUUGGCCUAAAAUUCAUCUGCCAGUUGAUUUUAACAAAUAUCAUGAGACCAAAAAGUUACAUAUCAGACAUUGCUUUGUUUUUGGUCGACGAAGAUGAUGCUUUGAAAACCUUGGCCGAACAUUUCUUUAAAGAAAUGUCCACCAAGGACCAAAAUCUGUACAAUGCUCUUCCUGAUAUCAUUUCGAAAAUGACUGAUCCUGCAAUGAAUUUGGUGGAAGCCAAGUUCCAGAAAAUAAUGAAGUCUAUUCUCAGUUAUAUCAGUAAAGAUAGACACAUGGACGGAUUGGUACAAAAACUAUGUCUUCGUUUACAAAUUGCUACAGACACAGCACAAAUAUGCAAUCUCGCUUUCUGUUUAUCCAUUUUGAACUACACCCUGAAAUCGAUUCAGGUUCUCAUCGACAACUUUGAAAUCUUCCGGACGCAUCUAAAUAUUCCUGAAGUUUAUACAGUGUUCAAAAAUAUAGUCGCACUUGGCAACAAGCAGUCGGUUAAGCCCGAAAUGAAGACUUUAUGCACGGAAUUGGAUAACAAAAUCGAGGCUCUGCUAGAUGUAAAUCAAGACAAAGAGAAUAUGGAAGAGGCGAGGAGAAAACUUACAAAGAAACCAGUUGGUAAGCCACGAAAGAAGAACAGACAAGGAUCUCAAAACAUGUCAGUUACAUUCGAGGACAGCAUUGCUACCAGACGUAGUAGCAGGUCACAACCCCCCAGAAGGCAAAUUGUCGAUGAUUCCUCGACUUCGGACGAGGAGGAGGUUUUGAGAGAAAAUAAAAGACGAUCUUAAAGAUACUGCAUUAUAUUAAUGUGAGGCAAUGAAAUAUUUUUAAUCUUUAUUGAUUAUAAAAAUUGAAUGA